UGUCAUUUCCUGAAGAUAUGUUUUGAAAAACUUCUUCCGUCUCAAGAUUUUGUAAUCAGUGUGAGACUCAUCAGAGGGAAGGAUGGCUUUGUAUCCAUUCAUCAGUGUCUUUCUUCUCUCUCUGACACAUGCAGCAGCUGGACUUCAGUCACCUGAUUUGAUGAUGUUUGCUGCACUAGGAGAUAGUGUUACUUUGCCAUGUGGCAUACCAAAUAUUGAAUCCUGCUCCUCUGUUAACUGGAGGCAGCUCGAUAAUUAUUCUGAGGUGGUGAAAGCCGGACGUUUGACAGAUCCAAACGUCCACAGACUCAGUCUGCUGAAGAACUGCUCUCUGCAAAUUAAUCACCUGGAAUCAAAUGAUGCACAAAGGUACUCUUGUGUCAGUGGAUCAGUCAGUUCAGAUGUUGUGCUUUACAGACUUAACAUUUCUGAGAAAUCUACUGAGAACGACCAAAAAUUAGAGCUUCAGUGUUUCCUCAGUACACAUGUGGGAUCCGUGAGACCGGACAAAUGUGACAGAGGGAUACAUAUCAAGUGGAGUAUUGAAGACAACACACCAAUAGAUAGGAAUAGAUUUCGCAUUGAAAAAUCCUCUGAUUGCUUCUCUAAAUUGACCAUCACUAAGAAAAAGACAGACCAUCAGAGAAAAUGGAAAUGCCAACUAUUUCAGAAUGACACGGCUAAAGCUGCCCUCAGUUAUACAACAACAGUGAAAGAUGGCAUAGAGGAAGUGUUUGCUGCAGUUGGUGAGUCAGUGUCACUCUCUUGCAGCAACACUUCCUCUCUGACUGAUAACUCACACCAUGAAGGCCAAACAGAGGCAUAUCAUGUGAUUAAAGAAUCAUCACUGGUCAUCGGCAAAGUGAGUGCUCUGCAUGCUAAGGACUACAAGUGUUCAGAGUCUUCUGGUCAGCAAAAUGUGUUCAGGCUGCAUACCCUCGACGUCUCUGCAGAGUACGGGCCAGGAAGAGAUAAUCUCACCUUGAGUUGUGUGCUAACCUGCAGUAAAGAAUGUGAAAAAAACUUCAGUUUAACUUGGUCUGAACAUAGUCAGAAUAGCAUACUAAUGCAUAAUAAUAACACUCUUAUAAACAGGCUAGUUUUCCCAGUUUCAAUGACAGAUGAAUUAACCUGCUUUGUGCGUAGAGAGGGUGAAUUGAUGGCAUCAAAGAAGUGGCACACUGGUAACUCUCUGGUCACACCUUUGUGCUUAGCCCUUACUCUGGGGCUCUUAAUAUGUAUAGCUGCUGGAGGACUCUACAUGUACAUGAAGAGAAAACACAACAAGGAUGCAGGAAAUGAAGAGUUGGAUAUUGAAAUGGAAAGGAAUCAUGUUUAUGAGGAUGUUCGGGAUGCAAAUGAGGAACUAAACCAGCAAAGAAAAAACCAACGAGAAGCUGCCGACACCAACAGUUUCUAUGAUUUAUUACAGGCUGUGAACUAGAAUUAAAUAAACAUGUUCUUUCUCAUC